AUGGAUUUAGAGCACCUGAAGAGGCUGCGUCAGGCCAACCAGGACCUUCUACAAAGGCUCAGAAUGAAGCAGGAAGAGAUUAGAAAAAGAUUUCCCAGCAAACCACCCUUUCCAGCAUCUCGUCAUGAUAGAACAGCUACUGAAAGAUCUGUCCCCUUGCCCAAGAGAGGGGAGGAAAAUCAGGUUGAUGCUGCGAAGUCUACAGAUGACCCUGAAAUGGUGUCUGUGGAACCUGGAGCUUAUGCAGCCAGGGCAGCCCUCUGUUCAUCUCUUAAACACAGCAGCAAUGACAGGGUGCUUCAGCAACAACAAGCGAAAGUGCAGGAAGCAGUAGAUUUGGAUUCCAGCUUUCCUGGAAAAGAGAAGAAUUUUAUGCCAGUGUGUGCUGUCACUGUGUGUAGCAGUGAAACCUCUGGAGUGGAUAAGGAUGGCCAUGCUCAAGGAAGUCCGGAAAAAGAAUCCUUCCUUCUGGGACAUGAAGAGAACAGAAAACAGGCCACUUCCCUACAUGGUUUCCAUGAGGAAAAAAAGCUUAAGGGUCAUCUGGACCCAUCACUGAGCAAAAUACAAAGUGAAGAGACCAGCAAGCAGCAUGUGGCCGUUAGAGAGCCCGUAAUCCCUAAAUCAAUCUUGCUGACAUCUCAGUCCAAACAGUUGAAGAAGGAAGCUCGUCAUGUGACUUUCCAGUCUGACCCUGAAGAGUAUACCAUGCCCAUGAGCAGCUGGUCCGUGCGCCCUUUCCUGGGGUAUGACUGGAUUGCAGGGCUCCUAGAUACAAACUCUUCAGUAGCAGAAAAAUCUGACCAAUACUUUGCUGAGCUGCAUGAGUUCCGACAGGCCAACAAAGAAGCGUGUAUUCAUGAGCAGCACUUGGAACCCAAGAAUCUGGAUUACAUUGUUCCUGAACAGGAACCAGAUUUGAUAGCCGGUUCCCAUAAAUGUGUUUACUGUUACCGAUUAAACCAGCGCCUCUUUACUGUCCCUUUGGACUCAGAAUCUGCCUGCUCUGUGUGUAAGAUCCCACGUGCUCAACAGCCCCCAGAGAUACUGGAAGAGCCAGCCUAUGUCAGGGUCAGCAUUCCAAGGUCUACACUUAUGCCUGCCUACAAAUACAAGGCCCACCGCAGGAAGAGCUUUGAACCGGCAGACAAUCUAGCAUUACCUUCGCAUUGCCUGGCUGGUUGGAAAAAUAUCAUCUCUUCCAACAACCCCAGGCUCAGCAGUUUGGAUCUGCGAGCUUCACUGGAAGAGAAGGCUUCUCACCAUCCUCGCCUGAACUUGGUGUCCAGAGUGUCAGGAGGAACCAGAACUGACCAACUAAUGAACCUGACUCACUUGACACACUGCAGAUUUAGUAGUGCUUCUCAGCAGAGGGAGCAAAACAAACCUGGACACUACAGAGCAGCUCAAAAUCUAAAUAGGACUACCUCAACUCUGUGA